GACGGUUAGACUGCAAAGGGCCCGUAAUGCGGAACAUCCGUGCUGGUCCAGGGGGACUUCACAUUUCCAGCAAGAUUGAACGUAGAGAAGGGUGAUGGAAACGCUCGACAAUCUCCAUCUCACAAGAGUCCCGGCAGGCAGCAGGCGAAUCGGUGGCAUGCCUCCUCAUGUCAGGGCUUUCCUGAUCCAUCAUCCCCACAUGCUGCAAAACCAGGGCCUAUUGAAACUUGCAUGGGAAAGACUCCUGCACACGAGGCAAUACCGCACUUGGGCCAUGAAAUGGUCCAUGGCUGAAUACGUAAUUAAAGCCCAUUAUUUAGAAACGAGCAAACUGCCUUCGGCAUUGACUCUGCAUCUUCUGGCAAGAGGAAAUCAACGGCAAAUGGUAGAACAAUGGGAGACAAGGUCCAGCGGCCAACUUAGAUCAAUGCUUCGUCACAUUUCUUUCAUCCAUUCUGUGGUCCGAGGGGCAGGAGGGGUAAGCGCGCGGAAUUCUAAAUGAUACCAUUAAGAAAGAAGCACUGAAUCACAGUAACCUCUGAAACAAAGCACAUGCAAUUUUAAGUAUAAGAAUGGUACAACAGUGAGUGUUUUAUAUCUUUGGAGUUUUUCUCUUAUACUGAAGAGUUUUCAAUCUAAUUAAUUCGACGUAAAAGUGUUUUUAGAAACAAUGCGAUGGUAUUUUCGACGUAAAAUUGUGUACAAGACUACUUUUAUACACCUAGAAAACAUUAAGAUAGACAUUCUAGGUGUUUAAGAACAAUGUGAAUGGUAUUUUAAAUUGCAGCGUAUUGUGUCGAUAACACAGAAUUGGCCCUGAAAGGAAAUAAAAUUAAAAGUGAA